AUGGCGAGGAUUGUCCAAAACGCCUGUGCUGGCAUCGAUUUAACCCCCUCGGAUGAGGCAUUACUAUUCUCUGUGUGUUAUGCCGCUGUGGCUAGCAUGAGAGCGCACACUUGCCCUUCCAUACUUGACACCGAUUACGAUACAGCCAUCCAAGACUGCAAAAAAGCGGUGAGCCAGGGGCUUCGCCGAGCCAACUUCAUCAAUUCCCAGAGCCUGUCAGCUCUCCAAGCGGCCGUUCUGUUCUUGCUAUGUUAUCGAGUCGGUGGUGAUACACGUCUUGUAUGGGCCGAAUCUGCCGUCGUGAUACGAGUUGCACAAGCACAAGGCGUCCACCGCGAUGGGCGGAAUUUUUCAUUACCACCCUUAGUAACAGAGAUACGCCGUCGGUUAUGGUGGCAUAUCUGCAUGCUUGACAUGUUGUCUUCGGGAGACCAAGGCGUCGAUACCCAGAUUAGACCUGAAAUGUUCGAUACACAGUUUCCGAGUAAUGUCGACGAUGAUGAUAUUGCUCUGUAUAUGACAGAUCAGCCACUACCGAAGAUUGGCUUCACAAAUACCACCAUCUGCAUCAUGAACUGCCAGAUCAUGACGGAAAUGCUCUGGCCGCGUCAGGGUGGAUACUCGGAUAUGUCUACACAUUCCCGUGAGAAUCUCGUCACAGCUCUAGGGAAGAGUCUUCAUGAACAGUAUAUCGAUCAUUUCAACCUGGAUAUCCCAAUUCAUUGGGUAGUCGCAACUAUCGUGCGACUUCAACUCUCCAAGGCGUGGCUGGCGACUCAUUUCCAGUCAUGCGAAGACUCGGACGUGGAGGCCUUCCGCCACGACAACCGUAUCUUCGAGACCGCUGUUGAGCUUGUGCAGUUCUCCUAUCUCCUGCAAACCAACGAAGGAACGUCACAGUGGAGCUGGCUAUGUAAAAGCUACAAAGAAUGGCAUGUGGUCGCUUUUCUACUUUCCGAGCUGUGCUUGCGUCCACUUAGUCCUGAAACUGACCAUGCUUGGGAUGUCGUGACCAAAAUAUAUACUUUGUGGCAGCAUGAUAUGCCGCGUACUGAUGCCAUGCUUCAGAAGCCCUUGGACCGGCUCAUGGCACGCACGGCCUCAUCGCGAGCUGGUAGACAGGGGCAGGAUGGCCAGACACCAUUCAGUGGAGAGGCUUUGUCCGAUAUGUCUGAUGUGUCUUUUGGAUUGGGUGGUGACCCCGAUUCUGAUUUGCUAUUCUCUGGUCUGGACUGGCUUGCUGGGUCCUUAUUUUAG